GCGCCGCCCCCGCGCCGUCCCGGUGUCCCCCGGGCGCCGCCGGAUUAGCGCUGCGGUUAAGCUCAUUUCCGCCGCGUCCCGCCGCCGCUGUGGGGAAUGGAGGACGGGCGCUGCGCGAGGCCGUGCCUGCAGCUGCUGGGCGCCGACGGGCCCGGGCUGGACGCGCUGCUGCUGCUGCUGAUGGCCCGCGUGCCGCCGCGAGGCCUCCUGCCCGCCCUGCCCGGGAGCGGCGCGGAGCGCACGGAGCCAGGCGGCCCCUCGCCGGGCGGCCUGGCCCGCUCCCUGCGGAAGGCGGAGGCGAUUCUGCGGAGCUGCGUCGGUCCCGGGAUCCUCCGCCUGCGCUCCCCCCGCCCCGGCGGCUCCUCCGCCUCGGACAGCGACGAGGAGGACGCCGAGUUCGGCCCCCGCGCGGCCCAGGUGGAGCAGAGCUUCCGGGGGCUGCGCCGCGCCUUCCGCGCCUGGGAGAAUCCGCGCACCGAGACCUUCCGCGGCCAUGUGCUGCCGCCGCCCGCCGACGCCUUCUGCUACCACGCCGUGCAUCCGCGCGUGGCCGAGCGCUGCGCCGCCCUGCACGCCCUGCUGCAGCACCGCCACCAGCUGCGCCUGGCCCGGCAGUACAGCCGCCGCCUGAAGGCCGCCUCCGACUUCGUCCGCGGGCUGCUGAGUCCCGAGCCGCGGCCGCUGCGGGCGCUGUGCGAGGAGCUGCGGACGCACGCCGGGCACUGGGCCGCGCUGCGGCGGCGGAUGCGGGGCGACGCGUGGCUGCGGCCGCUGCUGCUGCGGCGGCGCGAGGCCGUGGCUCACAUGCGGCGGGCGCUGGGGCUGCUGGCGCUGCAGGCGGCGCGGCUGCUGGAGGAGCGCUUGGAGGCCGCGCUGCGCGGUGCGGCGCGGGACGGGACCCCCCCGGCGCUGCUCGCCGACCUCUUCCAGGGCCUGGAGAUCUACAACCGCGUGCUGGAGGAGCUGGACCCGGAGCCGGGCUCCGCUCGCUCGGCCGCCGGCGCCGGCUGGGCCGCCGGGAUGCCGCCCCGCGCCUUCCCUCUGCGGCGGGUGCUGGCCCUGCUGGCGGCCGAGCGGGGCCGGCGGACGGCCGAGAGCCUCGCACGGCUCCUGCGGCACGGAGACGGCGGCUUCGUCGCGGAGGAGGAGGAUGCGGGACGGGAGGCGGCGCGGAGCCUCCCCGAGGCGCUGCGGGCGCUGUGCCGCGAGGACGAGCGGCUCGUGAGCCCCGUGCUGCAGGUGUUGGUGGCGUCCGCCGACGGCCUUUGGCGCUCCGCCCUCGACGUUCCUACGGAGAGCCCCGCGGCUCCGUCCCCGCGGCCGGGCUCGGCCUGCAAGGCGGUGCGCUGGUUGGACGCGACCCACGCGGCGGCGGCCGAGGCUCUGCACGCCCGGUACCGCCCGCUGUGCUGGGAGGCGGCCGGCGCCGCGCUGGGCCCCCGCUUGGAGCUGCCGGCCGGCGGGACGGGACGCGCCUCCGGCGUCGCGCGGGAGCUGCAGCGGGCGCUCAGUCUCGGUACGUGCGGGAGGGGCGGCUCGGCUGCCUCCACGGAACGCCGGCACCACGCGGGAGCCGAGCGGCCCCGGGCCGUUCCUCAGAGCUGUCCCUCCGCAGCCCGCAUCCCCACGGAGUGCGAGGAGGAGCUGGGGCGGCUGUGCCGGCGGUUGCAGUGCCGGGGUGCCCUGCUCGCCUGGCACCGAGACUUCGCCCUGGCGCUGGGCUCUGGGCUGAGUGACCGCUGUGCGGUGCCGGAGCGCUCAGACGGCGCGGCGCACAGCGGCACGGCGCGGCUCCUACAGCGGCUCUACCCGGCCCUGCACUCCGCCCUGCGGAACCUGCCGGACGGCCCGGAGGGCGGCCCCCUCGGCUCGCCCUGCCUGCGCCAGCAGCUGCUGGGCUGCUGCCUGGCCACGGCUCAGGCCUCGUGCUCCUGGCUGAUGGGCAAAGCCUUCCAGUACCUGGCGGCGUGGUCCCUGCAGCAGUUCCUGCUCGUCACCCAGGGAGACCUGCAGCUGCUGAAGGCCGAGACGGACGCGCUGGAGGUGCUGGUGAACGCAGCCUUCCCGGAGCCCGAGGACGGCCCGCAGCACCUCGCGCCCCACCGGCGGCUGCGCUCCCAGCACGAGAGGUGGCUGUGCCUGCAGAUCCGCUCCGCGGCCGCCAGCAUCCAGCUGUUUGCGGGGGAUGUGCUGAAGCUCUUCUCCACCGACUGCAAGCGGAUGUCGGCAGAGAUCUUCGACCAGACCAUGCCGCUGGGCAGGCACUGGAGGCUCGGCCUCCGAGCCGAGCUGCCCAGCUCCCCCAGCGAAUACGCGGCGGCGGCGGCUCAGACGGUGCUGGGCCAGGUGCUGCAGGGCGCGCAGCUGCUGCCCCGCGACUCCCAGGUGCCCACGUUGGCGCGGGUGAUGACGGCCUUCGUGGAGGCGUGGAUGGAUCACAUCCUGGCCCAGAAGAUCAAGUUCAGGCUCCAACCACGGUGCCCGCACACAGGAGCUGGGCGCCAGCAGCCUGCACAGCCUGGAGACCCUGGAGGCAGCGGGGCCUUCAGCGGGCCCCCCGCCGCCCCUUCCCGGCGCGGAGCCCCCCGGCCGGCCCCGCGGCGGCCCCCCCGAGUCCUACCUGUCGGGCGGGCAGCAGCAGUGGUUGGCGCUGCGGCUGCACGGUGCGCGGCGCUGGCGCGUCCCCGGGCUGCCCUGCAUGGCCAAGAGCCCCGAGGGCUGAGCGCGGCCAAAAUAAAGCGACGCGGCGCUGGGCUCCGACUUCUGUCUCGGUCCCUGGGGUCUCGCGCGGGAGGACCGGGCCCGUACCGUGGCCGCGAGCAUCCGGGCGCGUCACUCCCCGCCCCGCCACCGUCUGCCAUCGGCGCUGCCGCUGUCCUGCGCGCGUGCCCCCGCGGGGACACCGGGCGGGGCUCCGUCCCCACCGCCUCUGAGCUCCAUCCGCAGUGUGUGCGGUUCCCCGUGGUCGUGCCCAGGGAUCCCGGCCACGAGCAUCCACGGAGGGGUCUGAGAUUCCCCCACGCGGUGUCCGCGCGUGCACGGGGGCCGUCGGGACCCCCGCCCGCCCCGCACCCCGUUUGUUUCCCGCGGUGCCGGUGGGACUACGGCUCCCAUGAUGCCGCCGCUCCUCCCGGUCACUUCCUCCGCGCGGCGGGGCGGGGUCCGGCCGAGCAGCGCGCCCCUUCCCCUCCCUCCGGUCCCGGUGCCGCCGGGAUGUCCGCCGCCAGCACGGCCGAACCGGGCGCUGCCGCCCGCGCCCCGUUCGCCGCGGGCCCGAGCGCGGAGCAGCAGCAGCAGGAGGAGGAGGAGGAGGGUGGGGAAGAAGAGGGGGAAGACGGCGCCGGGGGGGCGCGGUCCUGGGCUCCCCCGGAGAAACUGCUGCACGAGGCGCGGCUCAGGGCCAAGGCCAAGCGGCGGCUGCGGCGCACCUCGUCCCGGGACUCCGCCCGGGAGCCGCCGGCCGAGGAGCCGGGCGCCGAGCCCGGCAGCCCCAAGGGCAGAGCGCACGACCGCAGAUCGCGCGGCGGGAAGGGCCGCGGGCUGCCGAAGAAAGGUGGCGCGGGGGGUAAAGGCGUGUGGGGAGCCCCCGGCGUGGUGUACGGCUACCAGGAGCCCGACUCCCGCGACCCCAACUAUGAUGAAGUGGCGCAGGGGGACACGGUCUAUGCCACCGUGGUGCCCGAACUGGAGGAGGACGAGCUGGAGCAGAACGUGCAGCCCAUGGUGCUGGAGUACUUCGAACAUGGGGACACCAGUGAGGUCGUGGAGCUGCUGCGGGGGCUGAACCUGGGCGGCCGGCGGCACACGGUGCCCUCGCUGGCGGUGGCACUGGCGCUGGAGGGCAAAGCGAGCCACAGGGAGCUGACGUCACGGCUGCUGUCUGACCUGGUGGGCCGCGUGCUGAGCCCCGAGGACGUUGCCUGGGCCUUCGACAAGAUGCUGCGGGACCUCCCCGACCUCAUCCUCGACACCCCCGAAGCCCCCCAGAUGCUGGGGCAGUUCAUUGCCCGGGCGGUGGCCGACCACGCACUGCCCCUGGGCUUCCUGGAGCGCUACAAAGGCCGCGUAGACUGCGAGCAUGCCAGGGCCGCCCUGGAUCGCGCUGCCGUCCUGCUCCGCAUCAAACGUGACGUCAACCGGCUGGACAACGUUUGGGGUGUGGGGGGUGGGCAGCGCCCCGUCAAACACCUGGUGAAGGAGAUGAACCUGUUAUUGCGUGAGUACCUGCUGUCCGGGGAGGUGUCAGAGGCUGAGCGCUGCCUGCGGGCGCUGGAGGUGCCGCACUUCCACCACGAGUUGGUGUACGAGGCGGUGGUGAUGGUGCUGGAGGGCUCCGGGGACGCGCCGGUGACGACGAUGGUGACGCUGCUGCAGGUGUUGUGGGAGACCGGGUUGGUGACGCUGGACCAGAUGAACCGGGGCUUCCAGCGGGUGUAUGCAGCACUGGCAGACCUCAGCCUGGAUGCGCCGCUGGCCCACGCGCGCCUGGAGCGGCUGCUGGAGCUGUGCUGUCAGCGCGGCGUGGUGACGCGGGCACUGCGGGAUGCCUGUCCUGCCAGGGGCCGGAAGCGUUUCGUCAGCGAGGGCGACGGGGGCCGCGUGAAGCAGUGAGCGCCGGGCGGAGCCCCGCAGCGCCGGUCCGCACCGGGC